AUGGCCUAUCUGCUCCGUAGCAAGCCCUUGCACAGGGACCUGGAACCCUUUGAGGAUGGCUUUGCCAACGGUGAUGAACUUACACCAGCAGAGGAGGCCGCUGCUAAAGAAGCAGCUGAGUCAAAAGGAGUGGUCAAGUUUGGCUGGAUUAAGGGGGUGCUGGCCUUCAUCAAGGUCAACCCUGACCCUGAUGAAGGCCACAAGCUGAAACGCGUUGUUUCAGGUGGAGCAUAUUACCUGAUUUCAAGAAGUCUUGGCCCAGAGUUUGGAGGCUCUAUUGGUCUUAUCUUUGCCUUUGCCAAUGCAGUGGCUGUUGCCAUGUAUGUGGUGGGCUUUGCUGAGACUGUUGUGGAACUUCUGAUUGGUAUGGAUGCCGUCAUGACAGAUGAAGUCAACGAUAUCAGAAUAAUUGGCACCAUUACAAUAAUCAUUCUUCUGGGCAUCUCUGUAGCAGGAAUGGAGUGGGAGGCCAAGGCCCAGAUCUUCUUACUCGUCGUCCUUGUCACAGCCAUCUUUAACUAUUUCAUUGGAAGCUUCAUUCCUAUGAAAUCAAAGGAAGCUAAGGGAUUCUUGGGCUAUGAUGCUUCAAUAAUGUGGGAGAACAUGGGUCCAGACUUCCGAGGAGAAACGUUCUUCUCUGUGUUUGCCAUCUUUUUCCCCGCCGCCACUGGUAUUCUGGCUGGAGCCAACAUUUCAGGAGACCUUGCUUCUGGUUUUGGGCCCAUCAUCACUGCUGGCAUCUUCUCUGCCACUCUAUCCUCAGCACUGGCCUCUUUAGUUAGUGCGCCUAAAGUUUUUCAGGCUUUGUGUAAGGACAACAUCUAUCCUGGCCUGCAAAUGUUUGCCAAAGGCUACGGCAAGAACAAUGAACCCCUACGAGGAUACAUCCUGACCUUCGGUAUCGGUCUGGCCUUUAUCCUCAUUGCUGAGCUGAACACUAUUGCACCCAUUAUCUCCAACUUUUUCUUGGCAUCAUAUGCCUUGAUCAACUUCUCCGUGUUCCAUGCAUCACUGGCUAACUCACCAGGCUGGAGACCUAGCUUCAAAUACUACAACAUGUGGGUUUCCCUUGCUGGAGCCAUUCUCUGCUGUGGGGUGAUGUUUGUCAUCAACUGGGCAGCUGCCCUUCUUACAAAUGUCAUUGUUAUGGCUCUGUAUAUCUAUGUCAGUCACAAGAAGCCAGAUGUGAACUGGGGCUCAUCGACCCAGGCUUUGACCUACCACCAGGCCCUGACCCACACUCUGCACCUUAGUGGAGUGGAGGACCACAUCAAGAAUUUCAGACCCCAGUGUUUGGUGAUGACUGGUUAUCCCAACUCUCGUCCUGCCCUUCUGGAUCUGGUCCACAGUUUCACCAAGAAUGUAGGCAUGAUGAUCUGCGGCCAUAUUCGCACGUGUUUGGUGAUGACUGGUUAUCCCAACUCUCGUCCUGCCCUUCUGGAUCUGGUCCACAGUUUCACCAAGAAUGUAGGCAUGAUGAUCUGCGGCCAUAUUCGCACGGCUGCUGGUCUUGGCCGCCUCAAGCCAAACACCCUUGUUCUGGGCUUCAAGAAUGACUGGAGGGAUGGGGACAUGAUGAAUGUGGAGACUUACAUCAGCAUGAUCCACUCCUUAGACUACGAUGAGUUUAACGAUGAGUCGCUGUCCUCGCAGGAAAAGCCAUCAGGGAUGAAAGACGUGAUCGUGUCCAUAGACACCAGCAAAGACUCUGAUGCAGAUUCCUCUAAGCCAUCCUCUAAGGCCACCAGCCUCCAGAACAGCCCAGCAGUCCAGAAAGAUGAUGAAGACGAUGGCAAAGCUACAACUCAGCCCCUGUUGAAAAAAGACAAGAAGAGCCCGACACUACCUCUGAAUGUGUCCGACCAGAGGCUGCUAGAGGCCAGCCAACAGUUCCAGAAGAAACAGGGGAAGGGCACAGUGGAUGUCUGGUGGCUGUUUGAUGAUGGAGGUCUGACUCUGCUGAUCCCCUACCUUCUUACCAAUAAGAAGCGGUGGAAGGAAUGUAAGAUCCGUGUUUUCAUUGGAGGCAAGAUCAACAGGAUUGAUCACGACCGCAGAGCGAUGGCUACUCUGCUGAGCAAGUUCAGGAUAGACUUUUCGGACAUUACUGUCCUUGGAGACAUCAACACCAAGCCCAAGAAGGAACACAUGGCAGCCUUCGAGGAGAUGAUUGAGCCUUAUCGGCUGAAAGAAGAUGAUAUGGAGCAGGAGGCAGCUGAGAGGCUGAAGAACAGCGAACCAUGGAGGAUCACUGACAACGAGCUGGAGCUAUAUCGUGCCAAGACCCAACGUCAGAUCAGACUCAACGAGCUGCUGAAGGAACACUCAAGCACAGCCAACCUCAUUGUUAUAAGCCUCCCAUUAGCCAGGAAGGGUGCUGUGUCCAGUGCUCUCUACAUGGCCUGGCUGGAGGCAUUGUCCAAGGAUCUGCCUCCCAUCCUUCUGGUGCGUGGCAACCACCAGAGUGUCCUCACCUUCUACUCUUAAAGGGGAAAAGCCGGUGAUUUAAGUCACAGCUAAAGUCUAAAGGUCCACCACAUACACUCCUGAGAUAGCAGAAUACAAGCCAGUGAUGGAAACAGUGCUGAGUAAUAUGAAUCCAAUGAAAGUGCUAUUUUUUUUGUGUAAAAGUGCUACAUGUUUUGUGAUGGAGGAAUUUUAUGUUGGGGGUGGGUGCUGGUUGUAAAGUUGCCCACUCUUUUUCCUUUCUUUCUUUUUAUUCCAAGAUGUCUCGGUUAUUCUCUCGUUGUUCUAGUUCCUUCUGAUUUCCUCAUUAAAGUGUCAUUUUUUUGUUCAAGUUGAUUUCUCUCAGGCUCUCUAAAGCAGGCGUGCACAAUAUAGAUGUGUUCAUGAUGUGGAAUAUAUUGAUGUCAUACAUUUUAAGUUUAUCAGACCAGAUGUUGUUUGCUCCAGCAAUAAUCACCCUGUCAUGUUUUUUUCAAGUUGGGGAAAAUGCUUUGCAACACCUUCUAAAGCCUUAAGGAUGUGCCUUCCAGUCGAAUCGGAUGAAACGGAAUUAGAAUCUCUAUUCAGAUUGACAAUUUUAACAGAAUUUCCUUCUUAGCCGUGCGGGUGGAUUUAAAGUAGAAUUUUAUAAAGAGUGUCAAUUUGAACACUCUUACAGUUUUGACCUUAAUCAGCAUAUUUAUUUGGGGCUUUGAUUUUUAUAUUUUUCACUUUUGAGUCUUCCUUUGUAAAAGUUGCUGAAUACUCAUCACAACAAGAUCCUUGAUCUUUUAGACACAGUUUGUAGGGGAGGGGUACAUGUGGGCAUAGACUUAAAGUCUCUGUCAGAAAAAAUGUGAGGCUGGGUUUUUCUUUAGCCUUUUCAGGUGGAUAAAAUCUCUCCCUAGUAGCUGCCGAUUAUCAGCUUUCUUUGGUUCUGUGGCCACAUGUAUUGUUGUUUCGCUGUAAAGAAACUCUUCUACCCUUAAGAUGCUAGUCCAAACCUUGCCUUAAUGCUAGAACUAUACUAUACUGUCACGAUUGUCAUAAGUUCUCGCUCCCUCUUAAGCCAUGUUGGCUGGAGGGUUUGUGUGUAAAUGCAGAUAUUCAUCCAUUAUUAAGUCUCAGCACAUAUGCAUCUUAAUCUGCAUUAGUCAUUUAGCCUCACUUCAUUUAGUGUGCACUUGUGGCACAUCCCUGUCUUUUAGCUUAAUUAUUACUAUUGAUUUUAGGGGUGACGUGGCAUCACAAAAAGAAAGCCAUACAUAGACAUUUUCCAGUUGUAGUGUACUGUAGAGGUCACAUGUAUCCCCUGUUCUACUGUGACUGUAGAGAAUAUUGAUUAACUAGCUUCAAUAUGCAAUAGUACAGCUGUUACUUUGGGGAGUGGUCACAGGUGUCAUCACAGAGAAAAAUAACCCUGAGCCUAAAAUCAAUUCAUAAAACUCAUUGUAUUUGAGUUUUGUGGGGAAAAUGGACAGUAAAGUGAAAGUAACCCGUUAGCUUUUGUUAAGAUUGCAAAUGUUGUUAUUAAAACAGCUGAGCAUAAACGGGUUGGUUGGAGUGGUUCUAGCGUAGAUGUUUAUUUUAAGUGCAUUGCCCUAAAAUUAGUCAUGAUAUUUUGAAGCCUCUGCAUUGUGUUGUUAAAUACAGCAGAGAUGCACAAGUCAUUGUGGGUGGUCUCGUUAUUUUGGAUUAAACAGCAUGGACUUUGGCUCAUUAUGAUUAUGGGUGAGAAACUACUACAAAGCAAAUUAAACUUUACUAUAUGCAAUUUAAAAGAAGAAUGUGAGAGUGCUUAGGUUAGUUGAAUGUACACUACACUAGUAGUACCUUUUGGUUUCCAUUGUCAUAUGUAUCAUAUGUUUCCUGCAUAUACUGCAGUUAGCACAAUAGUGUUCUGUCUGUCGGCUUCAUUGUGCUAUUAGCGUUCAUGCAGCACCAUUGCCCACCACUCUGUUGUUCACAUGGAUUAUCACUACGUUAAUAAUUCGUGUGUGUAAUGUUUGCAGGGACUGUUGAAAGGAUUCAGUACAAACCUAUUAUAUAGAUCUAUACUCUUGCUCACCAGAGUGCUAAAUGUAGCUGGAAUAAGUUUUAGUUAUGUGAAAGUGUGGGCUUGGAACGCACUGUUAGAUCAUUUCGAAGGCAGUCCUACAUUGUAACAGCCUCAAAUACCAAAAUUCAUCCACACCACAGCUGGUGUUCAUGCAGCUGACACUGCUUUUCAAAAUAAAAGACAAAAUGUAUCUAAAAUUUGGUAUUCCUGCAGCUGAGUGCAUCCCUGUGCACUGUAACUUAAACAGUGAAACUAAAUUAUGCUUAACUCAAACUAUGAAGUAUGACUGAAUAUUUCUGUAUUAGAGCAAAUGUAAAUGGAUUUAUUGAAGACUAACUGCUACGCAAUACAAUUGGUGAAACAAACUGCAGUUUUUGUUUUGUUUUGGUCUUUUUUGUUUGUUUUUUGCAGUGCAUUUUGGGCAAUAUAAAUCUGAGAUUAUCAAUGUGGGCUGAGAUGGGGAUUUGGGGGCACUAUUGUGUACUAUAACAAAAUAAAGGAGUGUAUCUUUCAGAUCUCUGUUCGUUGUUGUGUUGUGAGGCAUUCACUCUUGUUCUCUUGUUGGUACAGAACAACAUUAUUACAAACAAGAACACGGGUUAAACCAUUUGUAUAUUUAAAAAAAUUAUAUUUGCUUAUCUAUCUAUCUAUAUCUGUAUCUAUCUGUAAUUAUACACACACAGUUAUAUACAUACAUACAUACAUACAUACAUACAUACAUACAAAAUAUAAAAAAUCACAACACUCAUGUAUCAAUUAGAGGGGUUCUUUUUCAUGUCACAUUAAACGAAACAAAAAUACCUCCUAAUAACGUUUUCCAGCCAGCUAAUGGUGUUUGGGUGUUUCCCUCAUUUGUCUCGAUAGAGAUUAACAUCUGUCUGACAAAAUUACUGCAUUGUCCUCAACAAAUCAAAUCAUAUGUACGUGUAAGUCGAGGCAUUAUUUGAGUUCUCCUAAUUAUUGUUUGUAUUCUUUGCCAUAUUCCCUGUUCCUCCUAUAGCAGGCAUGUUGUUCCAUGAGGGUGGAUUCUAAUAUUUCAAAAAUGAUAAAAUGGCCCUAAAAUCUAUUGGUGGUUGACAUCACUAAGUUUAUAGUCAGUAUAAACUAACAUGUAAAUAAACUUAAUAGUAUAUACACAUGGAACAUGUUGGAAGGGUAUUUAUUUUAGUUCAGACUUUUUUUUUUCCUCUUUUAAUAUUUGGAGUUUUGGUUGUAAUUUGAUUUGCAUGUCAAUGGUUUUUUCUUUUGCAGUUUGUUUCCUUUUGAUUUUAGCAAAUUGUCUUUCUCCUUGAGUCUGUAUCUGUAGCCUUUCAAUGAAGAAAAAGAUAUGAUGACAAGCGGCUCAAACCAGUUUUCUCCUGCUUUAACUCAAACGUGUAAGGCCCAGCUGGUUGAAGCAGGAAUGUUUUGAUACUGUUAACAGUCACAGAUAUGCUUUUUCUAACAUUUUAACAUGUAUGAUUACCAGUACUUUGUACAUCUUUAUUGCAAUAAAUAAACCAAAUGAAACCAUUAA